AUGCAGUUCACCAUCACCCUUUUCACCCUCGCUGCUGCGACCGCCGUCAACGCCGCCAACGCCGCUUCCCACCUUGGUGCCUGGAAUGUCACCAUUUCGAAGUCCGCCUACGCCAACGGCUAUCGGUCGCAGACCGUUCUCGCAGACUUCGCUUCCGACGCCUACGCCGGUGACGACAUCAUCCGUACCGUCUGCAAGUACGAGUACAAUCCUACUGCUGACCCCAAGGAGACCAAGAGCUGCGAGCCCAACACUUUCUCCUAUGAGUACGAUGGCACAACCGUCAAGGUCCAGCAGAACGUCGAGAAGCCCAAUCCCAUGACCGUCUUCGGCGAGGCUCCUCUCGAACUCAAGCUCCAGGCUGGCUCUGGCAAGACCGCUAAGGGUAACGCCAUCUUCGAUGCUACCCGCGCCAUCGCGUAA